CCCGGCAGCGGAAAACGCUGCGGAGCCGGAGCCGGGACACUGCAGUGGCCGCUGCCUAGUCCACCGCCACGGAUCGCGGGGUGGCAGGGCUGUGCGGCCCCAGGCUGAAGGUCGGCCCGGAGGCGGCUGGGUACGGGUCUCACCCGGAUUGUCCGGGCGGCACCGUCCCCGGCCCUCCCGGGCGCCGCGAGGGAUCAUGUCUACAGCCUCCGCCGCCUCCUCCUCUUCCUCGUCUUCAGCCAGUGAGAUGAUCGAAACCCCUUCCCAGGUUCUUAACUUUGAAGAGAUCGACUACAAGGAAAUCGAGGUGGAAGAGGUUGUUGGAAGAGGAGCAUUUGGAGUAGUUUGCAAAGCUAAGUGGAGAGCAAAAGAUGUUGCUAUUAAACAAAUAGAAAGUGAAUCUGAGAGGAAAGCUUUUAUUGUAGAGCUUCGGCAGUUAUCCCGUGUGAACCAUCCUAAUAUUGUAAAGUUGUAUGGAGCUUGCUUGAAUCCAGUGUGUCUUGUGAUGGAAUAUGCUGAAGGAGGCUCUUUAUAUAAUGUGCUUCAUGGUGCUGAACCAUUGCCAUAUUACACUGCCGCCCAUGCAAUGAGUUGGUGUUUACAGUGUUCCCAAGGAGUGGCUUAUCUACACAGCAUGCAACCCAAAGCUCUAAUUCACAGGGACCUGAAACCUCCAAACUUGCUGCUGGUUGCAGGGGGGACAGUUCUAAAAAUCUGUGAUUUUGGUACAGCCUGUGACAUUCAGACACACAUGACCAAUAACAAGGGAAGUGCUGCUUGGAUGGCACCUGAAGUUUUUGAAGGUAGCAAUUACAGUGAAAAAUGUGACGUCUUCAGCUGGGGUAUUAUUCUUUGGGAAGUGAUAACACGUCGGAAACCUUUUGAUGAGAUUGGUGGCCCAGCUUUCCGAAUUAUGUGGGCUGUUCAUAACGGUACUCGACCACCACUGAUCAAAAAUUUACCUAAGCCCAUUGAAAGCCUGAUGACUCGUUGUUGGUCUAAAGAUCCUUCUCAGCGCCCUUCCAUGGAGGAAAUUGUGAAAAUAAUGACUCACUUGAUGCGGUACUUUCCAGGAGCAGAUGAGCCAUUACAGUAUCCUUGUCAGUAUUCAGAUGAAGGACAGAGCAACUCUGCCACUAGUACAGGCUCAUUCAUGGACAUUGCUUCUACAAAUACUAGUAAUAAAAGUGACACUAAUAUGGAGCAAGUUCCUACUACAAAUGAUACUAUUAAACGCUUAGAAUCAAAAUUAUUGAAAAAUCAAGCAAAGCAACAGAGUGAAUCUGGACGUUUAAGCCUGGGAGCCUCCCGUGGGAGCAGUGUGGAGAGUUUGCCCCCAACCUCCGAGGGCAAGAGGAUGAGUGCUGACAUGUCUGAAAUAGAAGCCAGGAUCGCUGCCACCACAGCCUAUUCCAAGCCCAAACGGGGCCACCGUAAAACCGCUUCAUUUGGCAACAUUCUGGAUGUCCCUGAGAUCGUCAUAUCAGGUAACGGGCAACCAAGACGUAGAUCCAUCCAAGACUUGACUGUUACUGGAACAGAGCCUGGUCAGGUGAGCAGUAGGUCAUCCAGUCCUAGUGUCAGAAUGAUCACUACCUCAGGACCAACCUCAGAAAAGCCAACUCGAAGUCAUCCAUGGACCCCUGAUGAUUCCACAGAUACCAAUGGAUCAGAUAACUCCAUCCCAAUGGCUUAUCUUACACUGGAUCACCAACUACAGCCUCUAGCACCAUGCCCAAACUCCAAAGAAUCCAUGGCAGUGUUUGAACAGCAUUGUAAAAUGGCACAAGAAUAUAUGAAAGUUCAAACAGAAAUUGCAUUGUUAUUACAGAGAAAGCAAGAACUAGUUGCAGAAUUGGACCAGGAUGAAAAGGACCAGCAAAAUACGUCUCGCCUGGUACAGGAACAUAAAAAGCUUUUAGAUGAAAACAAAAGCCUUUCUACUUACUACCAGCAAUGCAAAAAACAACUAGAGGUCAUCAGAAGUCAACAGCAAAAACGACAAGGCACUUCAUGAUUCUCUGAGACUGUUUAAAUUUUAAAAUAUACAAAGAAAAACUUUUUUUUUUUCAAAAAAGAAAAACCCUAUGACAAUUCAUGAGUAUUAGCUUUUUGGCGUGUUCUGAAUGCCACCUGCCUAUAUUUGCUGCAUUUGUUACGUCAUUUAUUUUCUUCUCAUGGUGGAUAUGGAUAUGCAGUUCCACUGUCUCGUUGAAUUUCAUGAUGGCCUCUAUGACUUGGAUAAGCAGCAGUUCUCAGCUUCAGAACAGAUGCAGUGAACUGUGGGUAUAUAUGCAUGCUCAUUGUGUGAAGGGUAGCCGAACAGAACGUGGGUUUUCAAACUAGCUGCUAUGUGCAAACAUCGACCUUUUUUCUAUUUCAGAAGUAGAACCUCGAGAAUGAGUUUGUUCUUAUGUCUCAUCUCAAAAAACUAAUAAUUUUUUCCCAAAAGAUGAUAUACACCAAGUUAAAGACAGGGUAUUAUAAAUUUAGAAUAAUUGGUGGUACAUUACAGAAAUAUAGAACCUUUAGGGUUAGUUUAUGGUAAUGGCUUUGAUGCCACCUUGGAUCAGUACUGAACACAGUUCCAUCUGUAAAAUAUUUAAAGGUAAGUGAUGACUGCUGUAUUAAUGGAAGCAAUUUUGUUAGUUUUCAUCAAACUAAAAAUUGUUCAUGAUACAGUGAACAAAAUGAAGCUCUUUUUUUAAGGCAUAAAAACUUUGAAUUCUGUGUGUAUGUGUGUUGAAACUAUAAAGCUUUUAUGACUCAAACAUUAAUUUCUCGUAAAUGAAAUUAAAGGCAAAACAAUAUGGUCUAGCUUAAAUGAUCAUUCCUUCCUGCAAUGAUUAAUUGGAUUGUUUUACCACAUAUUUUUAAAAGCUAAAGAGAAAAUAGUGGAAAAUGGAAAUAAUUUUGUAAGCUAAAAGGCCUCUACUUAGAUUUCUUUUGAUAACACCAAAUAAGGAAUAAACCAGGAAAAUCAGAAGUUAGUACAGAAGUUAAAAUAGUCAGAAUAAACUCAUCAGGUAUCCUACUUACCUUCAAAAUUGAAAUAAUUGAUUUUCCUUGCAAGCCCAUCUUGGAAUGUCUGCUGCCUUUUCAACACUUCCAAGACAAUUUCAACACUUAUAAAGAGAAUAUUUAUAUUGUUAACAGUAACUUUGCUACCAGCCUUCGAAAUAAGAGUAAUAAAAUGUCAUUGAAGUAAUAAUCUA